GAUCUGACGCCCCGGCGCGCAGGGCAGGCCUGGCCUCAGUUUCCCCCACUUCUAAAGAGGAGGGGCCAUGCUGCCCUGUUUCUCGUUCCUCUCCAAGCACAUCAGCACUUCGCCGGUGUGGCUCCGCUGUGCGCGCCACGGCUUCGCGCUCGCGCCGCGCUGGGACCCUAGACGGCCCCGGGGCUGCCCGCCGCCCGCCCCUCGCCGCCCGCUGGCCGCAGCCGCCUCCUCCCGGGGACCAGCAGGGCCCGCCGGCGCCCCCUCCCGGGUGCGCCAGAACUUCCACCCGGACUCUGAGGCCGCCAUCAACCGCCAGAUCAACCUGGAGCUCUAUGCGUCGUACGUGUACUUGUCCAUGGCCUAUUACUUCUCCCGAGAUGACGUGGCCUUGCACAACUUCGCCAGAUAUUUCCUUCGGCUGUCCCGGGAGGAGACCGAUCAUGCGGAGAAGCUGAUGAGGCUGCAGAACCAGCGGGGAGGACAGCUCCGCCUGCAGGACAUUAAGAAACCAGACAAGGACGACUGGAAAAGUGGGCUGAAUGCCAUGGAGUGUGCUCUGCUCUUGGAAAAGAAUGUGAACCAGUCGUUGUUGGAAUUGCACACUCUGGCCUCAGACAAAGGUGACGCCCAUUUAUGCGAUUUUCUGGAAACCCACUAUCUGAAUGAGCAGGUGAAGUCUAUCAAAGAACUAGGUGACCACGUGCACAACUUGAUUAAGAUGGGGGCCCCGGAUUCUGGCCUGGCAGAGUACCUUUUUGACAAACAUACCCUUGGAAAUGAAAACAAUCAAAACUAACCCAUAGGCUGCCUUCUCCACUGACCAGGGUGUGCCAGGACCCAGAAGCAGCUGUUUCCUUCUUUCCUUUUAUAUUCUUCUGUUAUAAUGUCCCAAUACAGUGAUUUGUAGAGAAUAUGUAUUUCGCCUCAUGUUAACAAUGGCUUUUUGCCCUGCAUGAAGAUAAUUUUCCCAGCACAGGAUGAGAUGGUAUAAAGAAAGACUGUAAAAAAGCUACUGAAAUAGAUGCAAAUUAAAUCUCUCCAGUUACCAAAUAUUACUGCAGACCAUGACCCUUUACUAAAAUUCCAUGAUUUUCAACUCAA